AUGGAUGUCAUUUCUGUUUCACACUUAGUACCUGUUAGUAAUAUUUGUAUUCGUGUUUAUUACAAUAUUUCUUUACUUUAGAUAUAUAAAUUUAUCUAAUAUUUAUUUUUAUUAGACAGUUUUGAUACUUUAUUUAGUUUUUUAUUACUUUACCAGCACUGCCCAAUUUAUACAGAAAGGUUUCGUGUUUAGAUGAAGAUGGCAGAAUUUCCACGUUUGACUAGAUCUAUGAGAGCUUAUACAUCUUUAGAGCCACCGAGAUGUUUAAAAUUAUCUCAUUCCGAAAGAAUUAAGGAACAAUUAUGGAGAGAAAAUCAAUUAAAACGUGGAGUUACAUGGUCACAACUUAAAGAAUAUUUGAAGAAUGAAACUGAGGUCACUGGAUUGUUAACAGAGUUACGGAAUAAUGCACAAAUGAUAGCAGGAGAAGAACAACCAGCAGAAAUAAUUGAUGAUGCAGCAAUAUUUUUGUUUAGAUUAUUUUUAAGGCAAAAAGUAGUGCUAUUAAAGCAUUUAUCACAGUUGAAACAAAUGUUUGGUCCUGUGCCAACUGAUAUAGCAAAUAAGUUGUGCCAAUUGGUCAACAAGAUAUGUUCAAUGGUACCUGAGAAAUCUCUAAGGUAUUUGGAAGCCGAUUCUGAAGAGACAAAAGAAGUACAUUUAUGGGGUUCGCAUAUAAAAUGCUUUAUACCCAGUUCAUAUGAAGUAGACACAAGUUUUUUAAAAGAUUUAAAAGUUUAUAGUCCUACUGAAAGUAAAAUCAUUGAUGACUUUUCAAUGAUUUACAAGAAAAAUGAUAAUGCUUCUAAAGCUGCAUGCUCUUCUAAAGAUCAAAAUAAAUAUGGAAGAAGUUGGUUGGAGAAGCAAUUAAAUAAUUUACAAACAGGAUUAACAAAGGAAGAAAAUACUAAUUCAGUUGCGGUAAUGUUACAAAGUAACAAAAGUAAUGAUGAACUUCAAAAUGAAUUAUUUGACUUCCUGGGAUUUGAUAGAUUUGAACUCAUUCAAUUACUUUUGGAGAAGAGGAAAUAUAUCAUUGACAAUAUAAAGAAUGAACAUGAAACUAAAAGAAAUAUAAAAGAUUUCCAAAAUGGAACAGUAGCGAGCGAAAGAAAACCUGCUCUUGGACCACAAGUUAUUGUGCAAAUGGAAGAAGAAAAGUUAUUAAUGAAACAGGCCCGCAAAGAAGAGAAAAAAUAUAAAGAAGAAAUGAGAUUGAGAAACAAGAAUAAAGAUGAUUCUGAUUCAGAAUCUGAUAUAAGGCCAUUUGAAAUAAGAAAUCGAAGACUGGCAACUUCUGCAUCCAAAACAAAUACUGAACCUAUGCUAGUAAAAAAGUCUAUGGCUAAACAGAAAAUAGUUUAUCCAAAUGUAUAUGAUUCUCAAAAUGAGGCAAAAACUAAAGCUGGAAUAUUCACUGGGGGUAAAGUCUUGUUACCUGAUAAUGUAGAAAGAAUUGACAAUAAAAUGUUUGAAGAGGUGAUUAUACCAGUGAAUCCAAAAGCACCUGAAGAAGUUGGAAAAGUUCUAUUUCCUAUUAAAAACAUGGAUCAGGUGGGACAAAUGGCAUUCCAAGGGAUACGGACUUUGAAUCGAAUUCAAUCUGUAGUUUUUAAUGCAGCUUACAAUACUAAUGAGAAUUUAUUAAUUUGUGCUCCCACUGGUGCAGGUAAAACAAAUGUAGCUAUGUUGACCAUAGUUCAUCAAAUUAGGCAGCAUAUGGAACAAAAUGUCAUAAAAAAGGAUCAAUUUAAGAUCGUAUAUGUUGCACCUAUGAAAGCUUUAGCAGCAGAAAUGGCCAGUAAUUUUUCAAGAAGACUAUCACCCUUAGGAAUGUCUGUGCGAGAAUUGACUGGUGAUAUGCAAUUAACGAAAUCAGAAAUGAUGGAAACACAAAUGCUAGUAACAACACCAGAAAAGUGGGAUGUAGUCACUAGGAAAGCAACAGGAGAUGUAUCACUAGCCACAUUAGUAAAAUUGCUUAUUAUUGAUGAAGUGCAUUUAUUACAUGGAGACAGAGGACCCGUGGUUGAAGCUUUAGUAGCAAGAACAUUACGGCUUGUAGAAUCAUCACAAUCUAUGAUAAGAAUUGUAGGAUUGUCUGCCACAUUACCUAACUACUUAGAUGUUGCAAGAUUUUUGAGGGUCAAUCCAUAUAUAGGAUUAUUUUACUUUGAUUCAAGAUUUCGACCAGUGCCUUUAAGUCAAACCUUUAUUGGUGUGAAAGCUCUGAAACCAUUGCAACAGAUGGCUGACAUGGAUACUAUAUGUUUUGAAAAAUGUCUAGACAUGGUCCAGAAAGGCCAUCAAGUAAUGGUGUUUGUGCAUGCCCGUAAUGCUACUGUUCGUACAGCAAAUGUUUUAAAAGAAAUGGCUCAACAAAAAGGAGUACUCAAAGCAUUUGAGUCAACUCCAAGUCAAGGUUAUAGUCAAGCCUUAAGAAUAGUUAGUAAAUCUCGUUACAAGCAAUUAGGUGAUUUGUUUCCACAUGGAUUUGCUAUGCAUCAUGCUGGAAUGCUAAGAAGUGAUAGAUCACUGGUUGAAAAGUACUUUUCGGAAGGAUUUAUAAAAGUUUUGGUUUGUACAUCCACAUUGGCAUGGGGUGUCAAUUUACCUGCUCAUGCUGUUAUUAUUAGGGGAACCGAAAUCUACGAUUCCGAACGCGGUACUUUUGUCGACCUCGGAAUUUUGGACGUUUUGCAAAUAUUUGGUAGAGCUGGAAGACCGCAGUUUGAUGAUUCAGGAAGUGGUAUCAUUAUUACCAGCCAUAAUAAGCUUAACCAUUAUUUGUCCUUACUAACAAAUCAAUUUCCCAUUGAAAGCAAUUUUGUGAGCUGUCUGGCUGAUAAUUUGAAUGCAGAGAUUGUUUUGGGUACCAUUAGUAAUAUUGAAGAGGCUAUAGAAUGGUUAAGUUAUACAUAUUUGUUUGUAAGGAUGCGUAUAAAUCCUCAGGUGUAUGGUAUUAAUUAUCAAGAUGUUAUUGAUGAUCCAACUUUGGAUAAAAAACGUAGGGAAAUAAUUGAAACAGCUGCAAAUGCUCUUGAUAAAGCUUGUAUGAUUAGAUUUAAUUACAAGACCAAUGAUUUAGCAGCUACAGAUUUGGGUAGAACUGCUAGUCACUUUUAUAUAAAAUACGAUACAGUAGAAGUCUUUAAUGAAGUAAUGCAACCCAUUAUGUCUGAAGGAGAAAUAUUUUCAAUGAUCUCACAAGCACAAGAAUUUCAACAAUUGAAGGUUCGAGAUGACGAAAUGCAAGAGUUAGAUGAUUUGACACAAGAUAAUUGCUAUCUGCCUGUGUCUGGUGGAAGUGAAAACCUUCAUGGAAAAGUUAAUAUUUUAUUGCAAACUUAUUUAUCAAGAGGAUCUGUGAAAUCUUUUAGUUUAAUGUCUGAUUUAUCAUACAUUACACAGAAUGCAGUACGUAUUGCAAGAGCUCUUUUUGAAAUUGUUUUGCGACGCAAUAACCCCUUGAUGGCUGGUAGAUUAUUGAAUGUAGCAAUAAUGUUAGAAUUACGAUUAUGGGAUUAUCAAAAUCCUUUAAAUCAAUUUGUUUGCAUACCCCAAGAUGUGCUUAGUAAAAUUGAGAAUAGAAGACUUACUAUAGAUAAAAUUCGAGAUAUGGAAACUAAGGAAAUAGGUGAGAUUGUAAGACACCAAAAAAUGGGGCAACUGGUAAAAAAAUGUGCAGAUGAAUUUCCAUUAUUAGAAAUGUCUGCAAAUUUGCAACCAAUUACUAGAACUGUUCUGAGGAUUCGCCUGCAAAUCACAGCAAACUUUCGAUGGAAUGAUAAAGUCCAUGGAAAAUUUGCUGAAACCUUUUGGCUUUGGAUAGAGGACCCAGAAAGUAACUACAUGUACCACUCAGAAUAUUUUAAAAUAACAAGAAAACAGGUCUUUAAUGCAGAGCCACAAGAGCUAGUUAUGACUAUACCAUUGGUAGAACCACUGCCACCACAAUAUUUUGUACGAGCAACAAGUGAUAAAUGGCUAGGCUCUGUGAGUUACUUAACAUUAUCUUUUCAACAUCUGAUAUUGCCAGAAAUACAUCCACCACAUACAGAUCUUCUAAUGCUAGAGCCAUUAGCUAUAACUGCUCUUGGAGAUAAAGAGUUUGAAUCUUUGUAUAAAUUUUCUCAUUUCAAUCCGAUACAAACACAGAUUUUCCACUGUCUCUAUCAUACUGAUAACAAUGUGCUUUUGGGAGCGCCAACAGGUUCAGGAAAAACUAUUGUUGCGGAAAUAGCUAUGUGUCGAGUUUUUCAUAAAUAUCCCCAGAGCAAGGUUGUUUAUAUAGCACCUUUAAAGGCAUUAGUUCGUGAAAGAAUACAAGACUGGAAAGUCAGAAUGGAACAAAAGUUAGGAAAGAAAGUUGUAGAAUUAACAGGUGAUGUUACUCCUGAUACUAGAGCUAUUGAACAAGCACAAAUCAUAGUAACAACACCAGAGAAAUGGGAUGGUAUCAGUAGAAGUUGGCAAACUAGAAGCUAUGUUAGAGCUGUUGCUCUGAUAAUUAUAGAUGAAAUUCACCUUCUGGGUGAAGAUAGAGGUCCAGUUUUAGAAGUCAUUGUUUCCAGAACAAAUUUUAUCGCUUCUCAUACGGAAAGAACACUGCGUAUCAUAGGUCUUUCCACUGCAUUAGCUAAUGCUCGCGAUUUAGCGAAUUGGCUUGGGAUUGGUCAGAUGGGAAUGUACAAUUUUCGUCCUUCAGUACGUCCGGUCCCAUUAGAAGUUCAUAUAGCAGGUUUUCCAGGUAAACACUAUUGCCCACGAAUGAUAUCUAUGAAUAGACCGACAUUUCAAGCUAUUAGGCAGCACUCACCAGAUAGCCCAGCCUUAGUUUUUGUUUCAUCCCGUAGGCAGACCAGGAUGACUGCCUUAGACUUAAUAGCUUUUCUUGCCUCAGAGGCAAAUCCUAAGCAAUGGCUUCAUAUGGAGGAACAUGCACUUGAACAAAUAUUGGCUGGAGUUAAAGAUCAAAAUCUAAAAUUAUGUUUAGCUUUUGGAGUCGGCAUGCAUCAUGCAGGUUUACAAGAAAGAGACAGGAAUAUUGUUGAAGAACUUUUUGUUAAUCAAAAGAUACAGGUUCUAAUUGCAACAGCAACACUGGCUUGGGGCGUAAACUUUCCAGCACAUCUUGUAGUAAUUAAAGGUACUGAAUAUUUUGAUGGAAAGCAAAAACGUUAUGUCGACAUGCCGAUAACUGAUGUUUUGCAAAUGAUGGGAAGAGCUGGUAGACCACAGUUUGAUAAUCAAGGAACAGCAGUAGUUUUAGUACAUGACAUAAAGAAAAACUUUUACAAAAAAUUUUUGUAUGAGCCAUUCCCUGUUGAAUCUAAUCUUCUUGCAGUAUUACCAGAUCAUAUGAAUGCUGAAAUAGUAGCUGGAACUAUACAAUCUAAGCAAGAUGCUCUUGAUUAUUUAACUUGGACAUAUUUUUUUCGCCGAUUGUUGCAGAAUCCAGCCUAUUACCAAUUAAAUUCUUUAGAUCAAAGAGAUAUAAAUUAUUAUCUAACUGAACUGAUUCAAAAAGCCUUAGAAGAUUUAGUGAAAGCCCACUGUGUGCUCAUAUCUGACCAGGAUGAAAGAACUCUGAUAUCAACAUCAUUUGGAAGAAUAUCUUCUUAUUACUAUUUAAGCCAUCAGACUAUGUUGCACUUUGCCAACUCUUUAGGACCAGAUUUAGAUACAGAUGAUUUACUGAAAAUUCUCAGUGAAGUUCACGAAUAUGAUGAGCUGCCUGUAAGACAUAAUGAAGAGCACUACAAUGCUGAUCUUGCAAAGUAUUGUCCUGUACCAGUGGAUUCAAUGCAGUAUGAAAAUCCGCAUGUUAAAGCUCAUCUACUACUUCAAGCUCAUUUGACUCAUGCACCCCUACCAUGCCCAGAUUAUUUAACUGAUACCAAAAGUGUGCUUGAACAAGCAAUACGAAUAUUACAGGCAAUGACUGAUAUUUGUGCAGAAAGAGGUUGGCUUGCAUCAGCUUUGGGUUGUCAACAGGUCUUACAAAUGUUAGUUCAAGCUCGUUGGCUGAAAGAUGAUGCAUUGAGCACUUUGCCUAAUGUAGAGCCAUAUCAUGGGCAUCUCUUCAGCAAAAUUGGCAAAUAUUGUACGACUUUGCCAGGAGUUAAAGAUGUAGUUUGCAGAAGAGAUGGUUAUGAAAAAUUAGCCAAACCUUUACGGGAAGAUUUUGAGGAGCAUCAAAUCAUUCAAAUUUAUAAGGUUCUGAAAGAUAUGCCUGAUUUGAAAAUAAGCUUAACUUUAGAAGGAGAAUAUGAAGGCAGUCCUCUAAAUUUUGAAAUCAAUCAACCAUUGAAUAAAGAUCAUUGGAUAAAAGUAGAGAAAAAUAGGGAGUACACACUGACAGUAAAAAUGCAUCGAAUGGGAAAACAAUGUCCAGUACAUUGUCCACAUUUCCCUAGAUCAAAAGAUGAAGGUUGGAGUUUAGUACUAGGAUGUAUAGACAAUCGAGAACUUUAUGCAAUAAAACGUGUGGCAAUCAGAAGAGAAUUUAGCAAUCAUCAUUUAAUAUUCCAAACUCCAGAAAGCACAGGCCGUCUUAUUCUAACUAUAUAUAUAAUGUCUGAUUCUUACUUGGGGUUAGAUCAACAAUAUGAUAUUCAAUUGGAAAUUACAGAAGAACAUUUUAGCCUUUUCAGUGACAAAGGUGCUUAUUAA